GCCACAGCCGCAGGGAUGGGCCACGUCAGCACAAGGGAUGGCGCCUUUCAUAGGAGAGAAGGACUGUUGAGGGCACAGUACAAAACUCGAGAGCCUCUCGCGCUCAUGGCCUUCUUUCACCACCUGUUCCUCACGCACAGGAUUAACACACUUACUUGACUCCUUCUUGGCUGCAAGCAAAGAACGAACAUCUAGAUCCUCAGCAAAACCCUCUCGCAUCCAUUAUGACACGCUCAUCCCCAAAGUCCAUCCUGCGUCGAGUGGCAGCUCACGAGGGUGCACCGAAGAUCUUGCAGGUCCUGAAAGAGGAUGGGGCGGUGAUCAUCCGGGGGUUUCUCAACCAGAAUCUGUUCCAAAAGCUCAACAAGGAGAUGGAAGAUGAACUGGCGAAGCGGCCUCUGAUCUGUGAGCACAACGGUGAAUGGGUGUCGGGGUUGGCGGGGUCGCAAACGCGACGUUUGAAUCAACUGCCCGCCUUCAGCCCAACCUUCCGCCAGGAGAUCCUUAAUCACCCCUUAUUUCAUGAGAUCUGCGAGCCCCUGUUCGGGACCCAUGGCUGUGACUAUUGGAUGAACACGGCAACGGUGGUGCAGAUUGGGCCCGGUAACGCGGCGCAAUCCCUCCAUCGCGACCAGGAGCUGUAUCCCGUCUUCAAUCCCAUCGGCAAGGAUGCCCCCGAGGCGCUCGUCAACUUCUUCUGCGCGCUGAGCACCUUUACCGACGAGAAUGGGGCGACGCGGGUUAUCCCUGGUAGUCACCAGUGGGACGACUUCACCACCGAUGUGACCCGCUGCGUACCGCAGACCAUUCCGGCGGAGAUGGAGGCCGGGGACUGCCUGCUCUUCAGCGGGAAGACUGUACACGGUGGAGGAGCCAAUCGCUCUAAGGACAACGUUCGCCGGGGGAUGGCGCUCGGCGUUCAGGCAACGUAUCUCACCGCGGAGGAAAACUACCAGCAUAUUCCCCGGGAAAUCGUCGAGUCCAUGACCCCACUAGCUCAGAAAAUGAUCCACUGGCGCUCCUCCUAUUGUCCCGGGGGCGCCGGGCUCUGGCAGAUCAAUGGCACGGAAUUGGCCAACGAGAUCGGGCUGAAGGCCAAUCAGCCGAAGAAAACCAUCUAAGCUUUCGUUUAACCGGCAGCCGGCAAGUGGAUGGUACUCGAUGCAAGUCAGUACAUGGGCGUGGGCUUGAAGUACCGUUAUAUAUGGGUUCGUUUGGAGGGAUUCGGAGUUGUAUUAUGUCGUUCAGACACAAACGUCAGAGGAGUUUCAACGUAGAACACCCUGAUAAGCAGAUAGAACGGGAAUUUGUGCUUCCUCUGUUUUCUUCUCUUUCCUCUUUCCUCUUUGUUAUCUAGAUUGAUUGUUAUGGUCUAGUUCGACGGCUCGCAUUGAACGACCGGGUCAUUCUCCCAUAUGGAAAACUUUUAUCCACGGGUGUACGAAUACCUGGUCAUACAUGCUUGGACCCAGAUCAUGAGCUGAUCAAAGGAUAAAUGAAUGCUUAACCUCGGUGAUG